AUGGCAACAUUCUGUCACGCUUUGGAAACUGUGAGGCGAAAUUUAAGGCGAACUGACAGAGAAAUGAAAAGGCGUGUAAAGCUUAUAGACAUGAGUUGCUGCCCUAAAAUCUGCGAUGUGCAGACCCACUGCCUCUGUGAUAUAAAUCUCCAUCCCCAGUGUUGCUGCCUUCUCCAUCCUUACCCCCAUUGCCUGUGUGACAUACUAUGUUGCCGUCCCUGUCGGCCGCUCUGCCUCUCAACCUUGGAGCGGAAAGCUAUUAGAGCUAAAAUAGAAGCUGAGCAAGAACUGGCCAGGAUUCGAAGAAGGGUUUGUAAAAUGAUGGCAGCAUGUAGUCGCCCAAAGCUUUUAGCUUUAAUGGAUGUUAAAGGUUUUGACCCAGAAGACAUUACAGUGAAAGUGCAAGAUGGGAAGGUUAAAGUUUGUGCUGAACAUGAAGAAGAAUUUAAGACUUGUAGAGGGAAGGAAUACAACUAUUCAACUGUCACCAAGGAGAUCUGUUUACCACCAGGAAUUUGUGAGAAUGAAGUAACAUACACCAUAGGACCGACCAGUCUUGUGAGGAUCGAAUCACCUUGCUGUGUGCCUCCUUGUUGUCUCCUUGGUCUUCUUUAA